UUUUGUUUUUUUUAAUUUUUAUUUUGAUGAAUCAAUUAAACAAUAAUGUCGCUAUUUUAUUCCAACCUAAUUUAACAUUUUAUAUUUAAAAAGAAAAUUUCAAUAAUAUGUUACAUCGUUAAUUGAGGAAGUGAAUAAAUUGUCUCUUGGGAACGAAGAGAAAUAUCGUAACAGUUCUCCAAUAUUAACUGCUGAAACAAGUAGUGCCAAGUUGAUAUUUGAUGAUAAAUUUACAAAAUAUUUAUCACAUGAUAGUAUUGAUAAAAUUGGUGUUGCUGAUGAUAUAUUAAAUAGUGAUAAAGACGUUAUAAUGAAACAACGAAAAACAGAAGAAAAUUUUCAUCGUCGUAUGGAUGAAAUUUAUGGUGAAAAAUCAAAUCAUAAUGGUAGACUUGAAUCGAGAAUACCAGUACCACAAUACCGUGAUAGAGAAAUUUCAAUGAGACACAGUACAGCUUAUCACAGACGAAAAAAAGAUGAUGAUGUUUAUCAAGCAACAUCAUCGGCACCACAAACAUCAUCUGGACAACGUCAUGAUAGUGAUGUCAAUGAUGUUGAGAUUGCUAGAAGAUAUCGUGGUGAUAGACUGAGACAGCCAUCUCGUCCUGGAUCACAGGAACGUGCUAGAUUCGAGCAACAAAGGGAUUCAUCAACUCCAGACACUAUAGUUGAUAAUCGAAGACGAAGAAGCGUUGUUCAAUCUAUUUUUCCGGAUCAUUAUCAUGACUCACUGUCUCCAUCUAGGGUUGGCUCAAGACGAAACAGUGCAAUAAGCCAAAGAAAUAAUUCAGCAUCUUUAUCAGUUGUACAAAAACCAUCAAGAUCACGAAGGCUAUCAAAUGCACAAUUGAUUCAAGGCGAGAAAAGUAAUAUCGAUGAUGAGGAAAAUUUAAAUGAAAUAAAUCGACGACACGUGUCAGCACAAGCAAAUUCAUAUCGAAUACAAAAUCUAAGUGAUCAAUCGACUCAGUGCUCAGGUUGUGAUCAAGUGCCUUUUCAAGUAUCAAACAGUUCGUCCAAUUGUUCUGUUGAUAAUCAAUCGAUUCAGGAUAAUCAAUCAUCCUCCAUUCACAUUGACAAUGAUGAUGAUAUUAUUAUUGCACCAACGAGAAACUCAUUCAGUGAAAAAUCAUUUGAUAUUAUAACUGGUGAAUCAAAUCCAUCUAGGCAUAAUUCAAUUGAUCAAAUUGCACAAAGUGUUGUAUCAAGUGAUUCAGCUGAUUUGGAAAAAGAAACAAGCUCUGAUGAUCAACAAUAUAUUCAUGAUAAUAAAAUUAUUGAUAAGCAUGAAAUUGAACAAGCAGAUUCAUCAUCAUCAGUUGUAUCAAACGAAACAAAUUCAACAGAAUCAAUCAACAGGAUAAUUCAAAAUAAUUUACAAAAUAAUAAUCAAAUUAAAAAUUAUGAAUUUGAUGAACAUGAUCAUCCAGGUGCUUCAUUGAUAUACAAUGAGGAAUACUCAAAUAAUGUUGAAGACGAUAUUGAAUCACGGAUGAUAGCUUCCAUUUGUCCAGAUGAAAAGACACAAUUUAAACCAACGGAUAUUCGAAUGAAAGAUCAAGAUAAUAUAAGUGAAAGAAGAUCAAGUAGUGUUUCUAAUUCAGUAUCAAUAUUUUCAACAUCACGUCCACAUUCAAGAGCCACCUCACAGCUCAAUGAUAUUACAUAUGAAAAAAUUGAUAACAAUAAUCAUCAUGAUGAUAAUAAUGAUGAAAUUAGUCAUGAAAAAUCAUCAAGUGUCUUGAGUGCAUCACGUGAAUUUGAUGAGAAUGAAAACUUUGAUGCCAUAUCAAUUGUUACAAAUCAAAGUUUUACUGAACUUCCUGACAACUUAGACAUUGAUUCAUUGAUUGUUGGCAAGACAUACAGAUCAAUACAAUCAUCAAGUGACAAUAUAACAACUUCAAAAAUACUUGAAACUGAUGUUAAUAAAAUACCACAAUCAAAAGUACCAAGAAUAAAAGUUAAACCAAGAAUUGGAACAAAUAAAGUUGCACCAAUCAGUCAAAUUAAUCAUCAUGUCGAUAAUAAAAUACCAGUUAAAUCAAAGACUGCAAUUCUACAGUGUUUUUCACAAUUGGAAAGUACCGAGUGGGAAGUUACAAUAAAAGGACUAAAAGCAUUGUCAAUUAUAGCAAGACAACGACCAGAACAACUUGAAACUUGUCCACCAGGAACACUUGGUAGAUUGCUUGGACGUCAUGUUAAAAAUUUAAGAUCACAAGUUGCUAGAACAGCUUGUCUUGCAGCUGGUGAUGUCUUUGAAUCACAAACUAAAUGUCUUGAUCAGGAACUGGAUGAUAUUGCUGGUCCACUUCUUCAAAGAACAGCUGAUACAAAUAAAUUUUUACGAGCUGAUAGUAAUGCUGCAUUGGAUCGUAUGAUUGAACAUUUAUCACCUCAAAAAACAGUUGCUGUUAUUGUUUAUCGUGGAGCUAGUCAUCAAAAUGCCAUUGUACGUGCUGCAUCAGCAAGAUUAUUAUUGUCAAUUGUUGAUCGUGUUGGACCUGAUAUUGUGAUGAUAUUACCACGUGAUAUUCGUGAUAAAUUUCUUAGUGCCAGUGCUAAACUUAUAAUGGAUGGAAAUUUAGAUGCAAGAAAUAAUGCUAAAAAAAUGUUCAAGAAACUAUCAAGAUGGGAUGGUUUCAGACGAGCACUCAAAGAUUCUGUUCCUGAAACAACACUUCGUCACAUUGAUAAAACACUCAGGUCUCUUUAACAAUUUAAAGAGAUUUCUUGAUGUCAAAUAAAAAUAAUAACAAACAAAAAAUGUCUGCAUCGCAACAAGUCAUAAUUUUUUUAAAUCCAUCAAAUGAAAAGAAAAAUAAAAUAAAAAAAAAACAUAUA